UUUCAGAUUUUUUUUCAUUACGUGCAGAGCUGUGCUCGCGUCGACGCCAUUAUCCUGACACCGUGUCAUCGUCAACAACCAUAUUUAAACGAUCAUGUCUGGCAGAGGGAAAACCGGAGGCAAAGCCCGAGCAAAGGCCAAGUCUCGCUCCUCUCGAGCCGGACUCCAGUUCCCGGUGGGUCGCGUCCACAGGCUACUGCGCAAAGGCAACUAUGCGGAGCGCGUCGGGGCCGGGGCUCCGGUGUAUUUGGCGGCCGUGCUGGAGUAUUUGACAGCUGAGAUCCUGGAGCUGGCCGGUAACGCUGCCAGGGACAACAAGAAGACCAGGAUCAUCCCACGGCACCUCCAGCUGGCCGUGCGCAACGACGAGGAGCUCAACAAGCUGCUGGGAGGUGUGACCAUCGCGCAGGGAGGCGUGCUGCCCAACAUCCAGGCUGUCCUGCUCCCCAAGAAGACGGAGAAACCGGCCAAGAGCAAGUAAAGACUCCCCGCUGGCCCCGGAGUCCGUCGGGACUAAAAGCUCAGCUGGGAACCGGCUGAUUUUCAAAUCAGUGUUUGUUUUUCUGCUUAUGGACGAACAACCUUCCAAACAGGGGGCAGUGUGUGGUGUUGCUGUUUCUACGUUGUAAACAUCCACUCGCUUCUCAUCGGGACUAUUCAUAGACUGCUGUGUAGCCACUGUUGUGUUGUUGGUGUGGAAAAUGGAGGCGCAUUCUAAAGGCUGGGGAUAAUGAAGGCCUCAGCAACAAGAAGGGGGAAAUCCCGUUGUCAAAAUGGACCAAUUCUGGGGGGAGGGUGUUUUUAUUUUCGCAUUGCUGCUACAAAACGUGCUAAAUUGUUGUAUGGUUUAUGUCAUGUUCCAAUAAAUACCCUGCUGCCUUGUGGCAAAGGGCGAAUACA